CAUUGGUCUCUCUGCUUUCUCUUGCUUCAGUAUUGCGUGUACUACUAUAUAUUCACACACUCCCUCUUUCUGUAUUUUUCCAUUUAUUUUUUCAAACAGGGCAUGUCAACAACCUUAGUUAUACCGAGUGUGUGUUAGUGUGCGCUUGUUUGUGCAGAGCUAGCAGCUGAUUUCGGACUGAGCAUUUCAAUCAUCUUCCCCAGAACUACUACUGUAUGCUGACAAGGCCGGAUGGCGGAGAGGGCAGUGCCACAAGAGAACACAGGGAUCAAUACAGGGAUCCAACAGUCCAAUGGUCCAUACCCUGAAGCCACAGCUGAGAGCCUGGACCUUGAGGAUUCGCAUCAACAGGGCGCGUGUGUGUAUGACCUGUGUCCAGGCCCCAGUUCAUCCUGUAUGACCACCAAAGAGCUGCAGCAGCACUGGGGUGCAGUGAAGCACAGACUGAAGCCGGUCAAGCUGUUGUUUGAGAUUCCUUCUGCACGCACCAUAGCGCAGCACCUGUCCAAAUACGUUGUGUACCAGAUCGUGUUGAUCCGGUCAGGCAGCUACGACUCCAAGCGAGUGUCUGUCGAGCGUCGCUAUAGCGACUUCGUCCACCUCCACCAGCAGCUCCUUGAAGACUUCAGCGAGGAGCUUGAGGAGGUCAUACUUCCCCGGAAACUCCUAACUGGAAAUUUUAACCCCGAGACCAUCUGGGAACGCCGCCUGGCUCUGCGGGACUACCUGGCCCAGCUCUAUGCAGUCCAUUGCGUCCGACAUUCCCACCACUUCCUGGAUUUCUUCACUGAGCCCGAGCAAAGACGAGCGCACGGCCUGCUCCGAGCAGGGCAGUUUGGGCCUGCUGUCGCUCUACUAGAGACUGUCCUGGAGCUUCAGGAGAAGAUGGGAGGGUGGCAGAGUCCUGUUCUGCUUGUGCCCACGCUGUGUGCCCUUACAGUGUGCCAGAGAGACCUGGAAGAGCCGGAGUCUGCGUUCACCAUGGGCCAGAGGGCGCUGCCCACGGUAAGGCGCUAUGGGCUGAAGCGCUACAGAGGGCCACUUCUGGAGAUGAUGGUGGAUCUGGGAUACCAGUUAGGGCGACCUGUGGCUCAGCUGCAGGAGGAGUUGGUUCAAGUUAGGGAUGCAGAGAGGGGACUGUUGUCUUUUCGGUCGCUUAAGGAGUUGGUGGUACAGGAGUUUACCUAGGCCUGAUUCAGUUGAGAUAAGCAUGCACAACUUUAAAUUAUCCAAUGACAUCAAUAGGGGUUGUGCAAACACUUCCACCGGGGAGAACGUCCUUUAAAGUAUAGACUUUAUUCAGGAAUUAUAGACCUAGCCUUCUUUACCAGGGUUGAGCCAAUUCCAUUUAAAUUCAAUCAAUUCAGGAAGUAGAAAUUCCAAUUCAAGGGUCUUUUCAAUAACAUGUAUGUUGGAGCACUCUUUUGAACAUGUAAAUGCAGACAUGCCCCCCUGCCACACCCAACUAUUUUCUUUCAAAACUGUAUUUUAAUAAUGAAAGAUACAACUUACAUUUUCCCACUUACACCACCAGGGUCUUAACAUAUAUAUAUAUAUAUAUAUAUACAUAUAUAAGUAUCAAUCAAAAGUGUAGACAAAACAACUCAUUCAAGGGUUUUUCUUUAUUUUUACUAUUUUCUACAUUGUAGAGUAAUAGUAUAUACAUCACAACUAUGAAAUAACACAUAUGGAA